GCAAGAGGGUUUUAGAGCAAAACCCCUGCAAAGGCGGUUUUCUUGGAGUUGAAUAAUCCUCUUGUGAAAAUCGAACAAAUUUCAAGAACCCACAGCAUUUUGAUCACAAGAAGAAAAUGGGUCUCAAGCAAGAAGAUUUACUUCUCAAUAACAACACCAAUAAUUCAAAUGUUUCUGAGAUGCCCGUUGAUAAGCAAAAGCUUGCUGCUCCAAUAAAAUCAGCUGUUGAUAAGUUUCAGCUGCUACCUGAGUUUUUAAAGGUUAGAGGAUUAGUGAAGCAACACUUGGAUUCAUUUAACUAUUUUGUUAAUACUGGAAUAAAGAAGAUUGUCCGUGCCAAUGACCGGAUUGUAUCCGGUGUUGACCCCAGUAUUUACCUCAGGUUUAAAGAUGUUAGAAUUGGUGAGCCCUCCAUGACGAUCAAUGCAGUCAGUGAAAAAAUAAAUCCCCAUACAUGCCGGUUGUCAGACAUGACGUAUGCUGCACCGAUAUUUGUCAAUAUAGAGUACAUUCAAGGGAGUCAUGGGCAGAAAACUAGACUGGAAAAGAAUGAUCUUGUUAUUGGAAGAAUGCCUAUCAUGUUAAGGAGUUGUUGCUGUGUGUUAUAUGGAAAAGACGAAGCUGAACUUGCGAGGCUUGGUGAGUGCCCCCUUGAUCCUGGAGGAUACUUUGUCAUUAAAGGAGCAGAGAAGGUGAUUUUAAUACAGGAACAGCUUUCCAAGAAUAGAAUAAUCAUUGAUGCAGACAAGAAGGGAAAUAUAAAUGCAUCUGUGACAAGCAGUUCAGAGGCAACAAAAAGCAAAACAGUUAUUCAGAUGGAGAAAGAAAAGAUAUAUUUACUUCUCAAUCAAUUUGUGAAAAAGAUCCCUAUUAUGGUGGUCAUGAAGGCAAUGGGGAUGGAGAGUGAUCAAGAGGUUGUGCAGAUGGUUGGUAGAGAUCCUCAUUAUAAUGCCGUUCUUUUGCCUUCUAUAGAGGAAUGUGCAGGAGUUGGCAUUUAUACUCAGGAACAAGCACUGGAGUACCUAGAGACGAAGGUGAAAAGAGUUAUGUACACUGGUCCUGCAUCUGAGAAGGAAGGAAGAGCUCUGUCUAUCCUUCGAGAUGUAUUUCUUGCCAACGUUCCAGUGCGUUCUAAUAAUUUUCGUCCAAAAUGUUUGUAUGUUGCGGUAAUGCUGAGAAGGAUGGUGGAGGCAAUUUUAAAUAAGGAUGCGAUGGAUGACAAGGAUUAUGUGGGGAACAAGCGUCUAGAGCUAUCAGGACAAUUAAUCUCUCUGCUUUUUGAGGAUUUGUUCAAGACAACGAUUAGCGAAGUGCAGAAGAUGAUUGAUCUCGUGUUAUCAAAGCCCAGCAGAUCUAGUGCUUUGGACCCUUCUCAGUUUUUACGUAGUAGAGAGACCAUUACGUUUGGGCUAGAAAGGACCCUUUCUACUGGUAACUUCGAUAUAAAGCGUUUCAAAAUGCACAGAAAAGGCAUGACACAGGUGCUAGCAAGGUUAUCCUUUAUUGGGACUUUGGGCUAUAUGACAAAAGUCUCACCACAGUUUGAGAAGUCUCGGAAAGUAAGUGGACCGAGGGCCUUGCAACCUAGCCAGUGGGGAAUGCUUUGCCCUUGUGAUACUCCUGAAGGUGAAGCUUGUGGACUGGUUAAAAACUUAGCACUAAUGACUCAUGUUACAACUGAUGAGGAUGAGGGUCCUUUGAUUUCUCUGUGCUAUUGCUUGGGCGUUGAAGACUUGGAGCUACUAUCUGGGGAAGAGCUUCAUACACCAAAUUCUUUCCUAGUUAUAUUAAAUGGGCUCAUUCUUGGCAAACAUAGACGGCCACAGCAUUUUGCUGUGGCUAUGAGAAAGCUGCGGAGAGCUGGCAAAGUUGGUGAGUUUGUGAGUGUCUUCGUAAAUGAGAAGCAGCGUUGUGUUUACAUUGCUUCUGAUGGAGGUCGAGUGUGUCGACCGUUGGUAAUAGCUGACAAGGGAGUAUCAAGGAUCAAAGAACACCAUAUGAAGGAGUUAUUGGAUGGAGUCCGCACUUUUGAUGACUUUUUACGUGAUGGAUUGAUUGAAUAUCUUGAUGUCAAUGAGGAGAACAAUGCUCUGAUUGCUUUAUAUGAAGGAGAGGCUACACCUGAAACAACCCAUAUCGAGAUAGAGCCUUUCACGAUCUUAGGUGUUUGUGCUGGGCUUAUUCCAUAUCCUCAUCAUAAUCAGUCACCAAGAAAUACCUAUCAGUGUGCAAUGGGGAAGCAAGCAAUGGGAAAUAUUGCAUAUAACCAGUUGUGCCGGAUGGACACAUUACUAUAUCUAUUGGUGUAUCCUCAGCGGCCUUUAUUGACAACGAGGACAAUUGAACUGGUUGGAUAUGAUAAGCUUGGAGCUGGUCAGAAUGCGAUUGUUGCUGUGAUGAGUUAUAGUGGGUAUGACAUAGAGGACGCAAUUGUCAUGAACAAGUCUUCUCUAGACCGUGGUUUUGGUCGUUGUAUUGUGAUGAAAAGGUAUUCUGCCGUUAAUCAAAAAUAUGAAACUGGUGCAUCUGAUAGAAUACUUAGGCCACAGAGAACAGGACCUGGUUCAGAAAGGAUGCAGAUAUUAGAUGAUGAUGGAAUUGCUACUCCUGGGGAGAUUAUUAGACCAAAUGAUAUCUACAUUAAUAAGGAGUCCUCUAUUCAUACAAGAGGAUCUCGUGUAUCUUCAGAAUCUCUACCUGAUAGCGCAUAUAGACCUGCUAGGCAAACAUACAAAGGUCCUGAAGGAGAGUCUUGUGUGGUGGAUAGAGUUGCUCUUUGCACUGAUAGGAACAGCAAUCUAUCUAUUAAAUUUUUAAUACGCCAUACACGUCGACCUGAGGUUGGUGACAAAUUUAGUAGCAGACAUGGCCAGAAAGGUGUUUGUGGCACUAUCAUUCAGCAGGAAGAUUUCCCAUUUUCUGAGCGUGGCAUUUGUCCUGAUUUAAUUAUGAAUCCUCAUGGUUUUCCAAGUCGAAUGACUGUAGGUAAGAUGGUAGAGCUUCUUGGAGGCAAAGCUGGAGUAUCAUGUGGUAGGUUCCAUUAUGGUAGUGCCUUUGGGGAGCCUAGUGGUCAUGCGGAUAGGGUUGAAGCUAUAAGUGAAACCCUCAUCAAGCAUGGUUUUAGCUACAAUGGCAAGGACUUCAUUUAUUCAGGUAUUACAGGUUGUCCACUGCAAGCAUAUAUUUUUAUGGGACCAAUUUACUACCAGAAGUUGAAGCAUAUGGUCCUUGACAAAAUGCAUGCCAGAGGUAAUGGGCCUCGAGUUAUGCUAACUAGACAGCCUACAGAAGGGAGAGCUCGAAAUGGAGGGUUACGAGUAGGAGAAAUGGAACGUGAUUGUCUAAUUGCUUAUGGUGCUAGCAUGUUGAUUUUCGAGCGCCUGAUGAUUUCCAGUGAUCCUUUUGAAGUUCAGGUUUGCAGAAAAUGUGGUUUGUUAGGAUACUACAGCCAUAAGCUGAAAACUGGGAUUUGUUCUUCAUGUAAAAAUGGCGAUAAUGUUUCUACUAUGAAGCUACCAUACGCAUGCAAGCUUUUGAUCCAGGAACUCCAGUCAAUGAACAUUGUGCCACGUUUGAAACUAUCAGAGGCUUGAUCUGAUGGAAAUUUUGCUAAUAUCUUGAUUUAUGAACCGGAGAUAAUGGACCCAGCUGGUAUGUUACAUUGAAUUUUUGGGAUCAUAUCCAGCUAUCAUUGCAUAUGUGGUAUGAAAUGUAGCUACACAGUGAUUCAAAAACAGAUGGUUGGAAUGUUCCAGCCGGUUGGCUGUUGUUUUGGAGGAAGAUUGCAGCUGCCCGUUUUUAUGCAGGGAAUAAUUCUUAAUUUUGUAGAACUGGCGUGUCAUCCAAAAGAUGUGUUUCAAGAGUAUUGGCGAGUUCAGGCUGAUUAGUUGAUGUCCAUGUAUUACCUGCAGCUGAAGUAGAAGGGGGGUUAUUGUGGAUGGUCCGGCUAGCCUACCUGUACCACCUCUUAUAAUAAAAAAGUAAGGAGUUUUCUCAAAGAUGAGCUGUUCAAGCCCUGGCAGCCGUUGGGUAGUGUAUAAGGGGCAUGAUUUGCAUGUAUUGAUUAUGAUACAAGUCUUGGUUGUACUCAAAAUGUAAAAACGAAGAAUAAGUUACUAAUAAAGGCUUUCAAUUUGUGCCUCUCUUUGCCAAUCUGUAAAACCAUUUUAUAUGUAAUGCUAAGCUUAAAGUUGCCAUC